GGGUUCACGAGUUCGAAGCAUAAUGUGCGGGGUUCGAGCGUGUUGAGCUCCGGCCCAAGUGUUUACAUCUGAGCGUGGCGGCCGUGUGGACGGUCGGUAGCUGCUGCUGUCUUACCUCAGGCUCCUGGACCCUCACUCUCACCGCUCUAUACUUCCAGAUUUCUCGGGAAGAUGGGGGAUGAAAACAAGGAUGAAGAGCGUGUGUACGGAGGUUGUGAAGGUCCCGAUGCCAUGUACGUUAAGUUAAUAUCUUCUGAUGGCCAUGAAUUCAUUGUCAAGAGGGAUCAUGCUCUCACCUCUGGCACAAUCAAGGCCAUGCUCUCUGGACCAGGACAAUUUGCUGAAAAUGAAACAAAUGAAGUUAACUUCAGGGAAAUACCAUCACAUGUUCUUCAGAAAGUGUGUAUGUAUUUCACCUAUAAGGUUCGAUACACUAACAGCUCGACAGAAAUUCCAGAGUUUCCCAUCGCACCUGAAAUUGCUCUAGAGCUGCUCAUGGCUGCAAACUUCCUUGACUGCUGAAAGACCCAAAGUUAAUCCAUAAACCGGUCACAUUAUUAAUUGGCAAGGUGAUCUCUAGGUAUCCAGAGUAGACUUAAAGGUUAGCUGGGAAAAGUUGGAUGAGCCGAGUUAUUCAGUAGGUGGCAAUAUCCUUUUUCAUCUUUUGGAUUUCCUUAUUUUAUUAGUUUGAAGCACUUUAAUCUAUACUUAUAAUUCACCAAUACAAUUGUGUAAUAGCAAGAUCUUGGAAUAAGAGGGAAAAAUAAAAAAAAUGGACAUUUUUGGUUGGUCAUUGCUAACCGGUAGGCAGCCUUCAAAUAAAUAUCAGGUGUCAUUAGUAGGUAUUGUAAUGACAAUAUGCAUACUGUAAUAGCUUUUUCUACUUAAAUAUUAAGGCAUUUCUUGUUUGAAAUAUCAUUGAAAAGCAGAAUUUCUUUUUUUGUUUUGUUUGUAACUAAAAAAUCAGGAGGUAAGUUGUAGGUAUUAUGAAUGAAUGUUAUGACUAGUUGAUAUUUAUAAGAGAUGGUGCUGCAGUGUUCAUCCUACAUCACAAGUCCCCUUUUCACUCAUUAUUCUAGUAUAAUUCUCGGUCACCUUUAGUCUGCAACAGUGCCUAUUAUUCAUAACAUAAAAUGAUGUCUUGGAUCCCCUUGCAGCAUUACAGAAUUUUAAUGUAACAAAUGUGCUCACUUUCCAGUCCCGUUUUUCAAGUGUUUUUAAGCUCGAUACAUCCCAUGUUUAAAUGCAUAUUUGUUAUCCAAUGUCUACAGUACAGUAAUUUGAAAGUUUGUGAAAUUAAAUGGUAUCAGAUUCUGCAUACUGUAUAUACUAAGCAGUCACAUGGCACGUUACUGCAUGUUUAAUUGCAAAUACACAAUGCACGCUUUAAAUCAUGAAUUUGUUUUUAAUUUAAAGGGCCAGGAUUUUCCUAAUGCCUUAAGUAUGUUUUAUCGGAAACUGCUUAAAAGAUGGAGCCCCAUAAUAAACAAUUGAUGAUUAAAAAUUGUUUCCAUGGUAGCUGCUUAUUGUGUGCUGUACGAUAUUAGCAGGCUUAAGGAUUAAAUGUGUCGAGUCAUAACUUAUUGUUUAAAUACAUUUACUUUGAAGAUUUAUGUUCUGAAAAACAUUUGUGUAUUGAUAAGUCCCAUAUGCUGAAGUUAUUACUUGUAUUAUUAUUACAUAACUGCUCAUUGGCUAGGAAUUUAAUUAAAUAAAAUUUAUAGAAAUUUCUUGUAAGCUAUGGAUUGUAUUAAAUUUUGAGAAUUGUU